CUUUGUGCCGCCCUCUGGAGAGCGCCCCCUCUGGACGAAAAGCGAAAUGCGCCAGUCCCCGUUCGCUUCGCUCGGCGGCCGGCGUCUUUACCGCGGGGCACCGUGCAACAGGGUGCGGGGGGGAGGAGGGUCCGCUCUCUCUCUCUCUCCCCCUUCCCCCGCGGCAACUUCUCGCUUGCCCCAACUUGCCCCGUGAUCAAUGGUUCCCUCUAUAGCCCCUCCCAGCACUGGCGAGGGGAGGGGAAGAGAGAGGCCAAGUCGCCUAAGCGGUGCGCGCCCACUCCCUCCCUCUCGCCCUCCCGCCGUCUGAAAAUGAGACAGCUCCGAGCUGACUCUCUCGCAAGCGCACCUGCGGGCCGGCCAGACCCACCGCCACCACCCCUGGCUGGAGGCCCCCCAGGAGCGCCCUCCCGCCUGGAUCUGAUCGCCUCCCAGGGAAAACGGAUUCCUCCCGGAGCCUGAGAGCUUUGCCUAAGAAGGCGGAGGAGAGCCGACGGGAGGAGGAAGCCAAGGAGGGGAACCGGCUCAACCCAGAAACAAGUGCGAAGGAUGCGCCUCGGUAGAUCGCCUUUCCCUUGCCGGCUUCUCACGUCGGGGAAAUAAACACAGAUUUCUGUUGACGGAUCGCGACCCUGCAAGGCUAAGCCCCCGGGCAACACUUCUGGAGCAGCAGAAGCAAAGUGCGAGCCGCCGGUAGUUGGCUGCAUGCCUCGAUGUGGGAAAGGAGGAGGGCGUCGAUCACACCGCGUCCUGGAAGAUCGAUCUGAGUUUAAGACCUCUUUUCAAGUCAAGGGAGGCUCCUGUCCACUUGGGAAAGAUUCCCAGUGACCUGCUGAGUACAGGAGGGGUCAUAAUUUGCUGCUGCUGAGAAUGCUUGUUUGUUUGUUCCUCCCUCUUGAUCAGCCUUGUCACAUUUUAUGAGUCCCUGCCAAAGACGUGCAGUGCCGUUGCCAUCCAUUUCCAAUCUGCGUAGCCAGAGGCAGAAUUCUCCAGGCAUCUGGCUUAGCCAGUGAGACCAUCUGACUUUCAGUCGGGGUCAUUUCUUUGGGUGCAGAUGUUGCAGCUGGCCUAUGCUGGGAAGGAGUGAGAAGUCCUCUCCUCACUGCCUGGCCUCGCUCCAGCUGGUUGUGUGAAACUGAAUGCCAGCCUUGGUCUCUGAAAUAGCUCUUACAGCCAAAGGGCAGGGUUGCCAGAGGUCAGGAGGGAAGAACCCGCCCCCCAACUCCUUAACAGCCAAAGGGUCCUUAGAGGGCACCUCUGGUCCACCUAACCUGAUCUAUGAUCAGCUCCGUGUGUGUCUCAUCUUACCGCGGGCGCAAAUCGGGGAACAAGCCACCCUCCAAAACAUGCCUGAAGGAAGAAAUGGCCAAAGGAGAAGAGUUGGACAAGAUCACCAUCAACGUGGGGGGCACCAGACAUGAGACAUACAAGAGUACUUUGCGCACCCUGCCUGGCACCAGGCUGGCCUGGCUGGCUGACCCCGAUGCCCAGAGCAACUUUGACUUUGACGGGCAAAGCAAUGAGUUUUUCUUUGACCGCCACCCAGGCAUCUUCUCCUAUGUGCUGAACUACUACCGCACAGGCAAACUGCACUGCCCCGCAGACAUCUGCGGCCCCCUUUUUGAGGAAGAGCUCACUUACUGGGGCAUUGACGAGACCGAUGUGGAGCCCUGCUGCUGGAUGACUUACCGCCAGCACCGAGAUGCUGAGGAAGCGCUGGAUAUCUUUGAGAGCCCUGAGCCUGGUAGUGGGGGGGCUGCAGAGGAGCCUGAGGAUGAUGGGGCCAGGGAAAUGACUUUUCAGCGCCUGGGCAUGGACGACCGGCCAUCAGGAGCUCCUGGGGCUACCGGAGGAGGCGGCUGUUGUCGCAACUGGCAGCCCAGGAUGUGGGCACUCUUUGAGGAUCCCUAUUCAUCCAGGGCAGCCAGGGUAAUUGCCUUUGCCUCGCUUUUUUUCAUCCUGGUGUCCAUCACAACAUUUUGCCUGGAGACACAUGAAGCCUUCAUCAUAGAUGUUAAUGUGACUGAGACGCUGGUGGUGGGCAACACAACAGAGGUCUUUGUGAUGCGAAAGAUGGAGACAGAGCCCGUUCUCACUUACAUUGAGGGAGUCUGUGUGCUGUGGUUCACCCUGGAGUUUCUAGUGCGCAUAAUUUGCUGCCCAGAUAAAUUGGUCUUCAUUAAGAACCUUCUUAACAUCAUUGACUUUGUAGCCAUCUUGCCCUUCUAUUUGGAGGUAGGACUCAGUGGCUUGUCAUCCAAGGCUGCACGGGAUGUUCUGGGUUUUCUGAGAGUAGUUCGUUUUGUCCGGAUCCUCCGAAUCUUCAAGCUGACUCGUCAUUUUGUGGGGCUUCGGGUGCUGGGCCAUACACUACGAGCCAGCACCAAUGAAUUCCUUCUUCUCAUCAUUUUCCUGGCUUUAGGGGUUUUGAUUUUUGCCACCAUGAUCUAUUAUGCUGAAAGGAUUGGAGCCAAACCAUCUGACCCCAGUGGAAGUGAACAUACACAUUUUAAGAAUAUCCCCAUUGGAUUCUGGUGGGCAGUAGUGACAAUGACAACACUGGGCUAUGGUGACAUGUACCCUAAAACUUGGUCAGGCAUGCUGGUUGGUGCUCUUUGUGCCUUGGCUGGGGUCCUUACCAUUGCCAUGCCUGUCCCUGUAAUUGUCAACAAUUUUGGAAUGUAUUACUCAUUGGCCAUGGCCAAACAAAAGCUCCCAAAGAAGAAAAAGAAGCACAUACCCCGUCCAGCACCACUGGAUUCUCCAACAUACUGCAAGUCAGAGGACAACUCGCCUCACAACAGCAUUCAGAGCUACAACAGCCCCCUGGCAGCAGCAACAACAACAGCGGGGGUGGGAGAGAGGAAAAGAUCAGAUACCAAGCAGAAUGGUGAUGCCAACGUGGUGCUGUCAGAUGAGGAGCAACCCCUUUCAUCAUCACAGGAAGAGAAGCUACCCAUGAAGCGCUCAAGUACCAGGGACAAAAACAAGAAAGCUGACACUUGCUUUCUUCUGAGUGCUGGAGAUUUCUCUUGUGCUGCUGAUGGUGGCAUCCAGAAAGGUAUGAGUGAGACCAAUAGACAUGCGCCAGUGGAGAAAGAGGAGGUUGCAGAUGAAGAAACAAGUAUAUAUGCCUAAGGCCAGCUGGCGUCUCUCCCAGUCGCUAUCAUUUAUUAAAAGUGAACAAAAUGCUGCCAUUUUAGUCUAUGGUUCUUUUCCUGUCUGUAGUAGGGGAGCUAGGUUGGAACCUGGAGAAUGUACAACCGUGCCAGUGCAGCAGCAUCAGGGUAGUCACAGCUUCUCCAUUACAUUCCCCCCUUAGUUUUGAUGAUUGCCUAUUUUUCAGCAGCCGGGGCAAGUACUGCUGUACCUCAAGUGGGGGAAAGGGCUGGAUGACAAGAUUUGGAAGGGCAGGCGGGAAAAGCAGAAGUCAUUGUUGCAGUGACUCCAACUGUCACAUGAAAUUUACACUGCCCUCCCCCUAAGAUUACUGCAGUGGAUUUAGCAAGGUAUCACUCUGCCUGGAUAGCAAAUGAGCUGUUCUCUUGAGUUACUACCAAAAUCCCUCUCUGGAGGUGUCCAUGAAGCAUUGUUGAUGUGUAUCUUUCACAUUAGAAGCAAUGCAUACUUUGCACACGCAAAGAGUUGAUUAGGAAAGUGUGUCAAAAUAGUCCCUGCAAGCUUCCAGUUUGUCUCCAGAAAAAAUUAGAGAAAAUUAUCUGAUACAUUCAGUUAGGAUUUUACUUCUCAUUUUUAUUUACAUAUUUUUUAAUUUAUUUCUUCCCUCAUAAGGGACUGCUGGUGUAGUUAACAGAUUAAAAACAUUCACAAUAAAAACAUGCCUUAAAAGUAAUUAAAAUCAAACCAAAAUGCAUCAUUAAAACCAAAGCUACAAAAAAAUCAACAAAAUACAGGGAAGAAAGAGAUUUUUAUUCCACUUUGCUCCUAUAAAGCAAGACUCAAAGGGGCUUACCACAGCCUGGCAAGCAGCAGUAUAGACAGCCCUAGCUGAGGGCUCCAUUGGAGGCCAGAGCAGUCCAGGAGGUGGGGCAGGGCAACUGGAGGAGCUCAGCACCUGAUGGAACGGCAUCUCCUUUCAGUCUUCACAGAAUUUUGGGUUUGUGGUCUGUGUUUUUGUUUAUUCAGUUUCUUUUUUCCCCUUUGAGUAUGUCUUCACCUGGAUCUUUUGAUUAAUAGUUCUUCACAUUUUCUUUCAUUUGGAUUCAUGUCUGGCUGUUCCUUGAUGAUGUUGUAUUUUCUGUCUCUGUGUGUUUUUUCCACUUGGACUUGUGACCACAGAAAACUUAUAUAAAGUGCUGAAUAUACUCCUACCCACGCAGAUUUUGCUAAAA